GCGCCGAGUGAGCUACGUUAAUCCACAAUCGCAACAGCAAAAGCAUGUGGUUCUACCUACUAUUGACCGUGGUCACGUUGACCUACUUCUGGGUCAGCCGGAGAUUUUCCUACUGGAAGCAACGAGGUGUGCCGUACGUUGAGCCCACCUUCCCGUACGGAAAUCUGAAUGGCUUGAACAAAUACCAUUUUGGAAAGAUGGCUCAGGAGGUGUACUCAACAUUGAAGGCCACUACGGGAGCCAAGUUGGGAGGAAUGUUCUUCUUCGUUAACCCGGCGGUGAUAAUUCUGGAUUUGGACUUUGCCAAAGAUGUGUUUGUGAAGGACUUUCAAUACUUUCACGAUCGAGGAGUAUACAGCAACGAAAAGGCGGAUCCAAUUACGACCCAUUUGGUCACGAUGGAGGGCACCAAGUGGAAGAAUCUGAGGACCAAGCUGACGCCAACAUUCACUUCCGGUAAGAUGAAAAUGAUGUUCCCUACGAUAACCGCAGUAGCUGAAGAGUUCCGGAAUUGUAUGGAGAACGAGGUGGCAAAGGGAGGUGAAAUCGAGAUGAAGGAUUUUUUGGCACGAUUCACUACGGAUGUGAUUGGAAGCUGUGCUUUUGGACUGGAGUGCAACAGUUUGAAAGAUCCUAAGGCGAAGUUUAGGGAAAUGGGAAGAAAAAUCUUGAGCACAACUCCGAUGGGGUUCCUGCGGAGGAUUCUGAGUAUAACGUUUAGAGAUUUGGCCAAGUUGCUUGGAGUGAGGCUUUCCGAUCCGGAGGUGGCUAACUUUUUUAUGAAUGCAGUGCGAGACACGAUCGAGUACCGUGAGCGGACGAAUGUCCAGCGAAAUGACUUCAUGGACUUGCUGAUCAAGUUGAAGAAUGCGGUGCCCAUCGAGGAAGGGGGUUCGAGUCAGCAGGGAGGAUUGACGUUCAACGAGAUCGCAGCACAAUCGUUUGUAUUCUUCGUUGCUGGCUUCGAAACGUCCUCCACGGCGAUGUCUUUCUGCUUGUAUGAGCUGGCCAUAAACCAAGAACUUCAGGACAAAGCUCGGCAAAAUGUAGAAGAAUUGUUCGCCAAACAUGGCUCAAUGAGCUACGAAGCGGUGCACGAAAUGAGAUACAUCGAAAAUUGUAUAAAUGAAUCUCUCCGCAAGUACCCACCUUUGCCAAACAUCCUACGGAACGUAACCAAGCCGUACCACGUCCCGGAUAUGAACGUCACCCUGGAGCAAGGCUACCGCGUACUCCUGCCGGUGUAUGCCAUCCACCACGAUUCGCAGUACUAUCCGGAACCGGAAAAGUUCGACCCGGAUCGGUUCAGCCCAGAAGCAACGACCAAACGUCACCAGAUGGCAUUCGUUCCCUUCGGUGAAGGUCCCCGAAUGUGCAUAGGUCUUCGCUUUGGAAUGAUGCAAGCCCGUGUUGGAUUGGCGUACCUGUUGAAACAUUUCCGCUUUACCCUGUCGUCGAAAACGCCAAGUCCGUUGAAGAUUAUGGCAAACAGUACGAUUCUCGCUUCCGAAGGGGGGCUGUGGCUGAACAUUGAGAAGCUGUAGAAUGGAUGGGAGUGAGGUGUAGCAACUUUGCGCGAUGGGCAAUACUAGAGUCAUGGGUCGUAUGAGUCUAGUACUGCUCAACGGAUGCUGACU